AUGUCGUCGUCGCGGACAUACCAAUGCCUCUCGUGCAGGCUAAAACAAAGUGUCAAGCAGGGAAGCAACAAUACUCGACGCGCCUUUCACAGCACACCUUCCCAGCAAAAGCGCAUCCGAUCCAAAUAUAAAUCGGUCAAAGCAUCAAAAAUGGGGCUCUCAGAAUCGCGAAACCCAGAGAUCGAUGCUAUGGAGGCUCAUUUUAAACCGUAUACGGCACGAGAGAAGAAGUUGCUAGCCAUGAAGUACACUCCCGAGCAGAUGGCAGCCAUUGAAGCAGGAGAAAAGGCGAUCCCGACUCGCGACCUCGUAAAGUACGGACGAUUCCGAACAGAUCCUAUGCGCAUCGACUACAUUGACGAUUUCGCUACUGUGCGACCUCUUGUUGAUACCCAAUCCCGCUACAUCAAAGACGAUGAGAGCGCAGAACUGCGAGAAGGCAAGCAGUUAGCAGGACGUGCAAAAGGGCAAGAGAAAGGCGCAGGUGAUCGGCAGAAACCAGACAAGAAGGACGAACAGCCAGUCGAUCCGCACCUGCUUCGACUAAUGCAGCAGACCGGGAUGACCAAGGAGGAAAUUCGGAGAAUACGAGUGAAGAACCUGGUCAGUCAUCGUGUUGUGAAUCAGACACGCAUGGGCAAAAUUCAGAGCUUGUACUUCUUAACGAUAGCAGGGAAUAUGGAUGGGAUGCUGGGGAUUGGUGAGGGCAAAGCGGCAGAAGAUGAAGAUGGACGGAGACAAGCUAUGUAUAGUGCGAUUCGAAACAUGAAGCCUAUCCCACGGUAUGAGGAACGGACGAUAUACGGGGAGGUGGAAGGCAAAGUUGGAGCGUCGAUCGUCAAGCUGAGCGCUCGGCCACCUGGCUUCGGCAAUCGCUGUCAAUCUCUCAUCUACGAGCUUGCACGUGCUGCGGGCAUAUCGGAUCUUGCUGCCCGAACUCCACGCUCUCGCAACAAGAUGAACGUGGUCAAGGCAGCUUUCCAAGCUCUUACGAGCCAACGUCUACCAGAAGACGUUGCACGUGCACGAGGCAGGAAAUUGGUAGAUGUACGCGGUGUAUAUUACGGAGGACUUGUGCAUUGA